AUGAGCAGCUCUAAACCAGCAGUGAGCUCCGAUCUCUCCGGAAUUAGCAAUACGCUGGAUGGCUCUACACAAGAGACUGGUGAGCCUGAAAUCAAUAUUUUGAAAGAUCUCAAGGAUGCAAUUAAUUAUCUGAUCUUCAACCCCGAAGCCAACCAUAUCAUUAUGCCACUAGUAGUGGUGAUAGAAUUUCUGGCUUUGGAAUGGAUUGUGGCACACGUGGAAUACACGGAGAUUGACUACAAAGCGUACAUGGAGCAGAUCUGGGCGAUCCAGGCAGGAGAAACUGAUUAUUCGGCAAUUGAGGGAUCUACAGGACCCCUUGUGUACCCUGCAGGGCAUGUAUGGAUUUACGAGAUGUUAGAGUGCGCUACUAGCGGCAUGGAUAACUUGAAAGCCGGUCAAACCAUUUUCCAGUUUUUAUAUGUGGCAACGUUGAUACUCCAGAUGAUCUGCUACGUUUUGGUACAGCUUCCACCAUGGUGCGUUGUACUCGCAGCACUGUCAAAACGGCUGCAUUCAAUAUAUGUGUUAAGGCUCUUCAACGACUGCUUUGCCACUUUCUUUGUUGUGUCAACAGUACUUCUCCUACUACUUUCUGCUCGUUUGCAGAGGCGUUUUCUGUGUCUCCUUGCGAGUUUUACCUAUGCAAUGGCUGUGAGCGUUAAAAUGAAUGCACUGCUUUAUUUGCCUGGGGUUUUGCUUUCCAUUUUCCAGCUGACGGGCGGCCAUCUUGUUCAGACCGUGGCAUGUUUGGCAGUGGUUUUUGGCUGGCAGAUUUUUGUGGCUAUGCCUUUUCUCCAAGAAUACGCCGUGCAGUACUGGGCUGCGGCCUUUGACUUCAAACGCCAGUUCAUGUACUAUUGGAGUGUCAAUUGGCAGUUUGUUGAUGAAGAUGUGUUCCAAGACAAGUGGUUUCACCGCACUCUUCUGGCGAGCCACUUAAUAGUGCUGCUUCUGUUCGCAGUAACAAGGUUCUUUCAGCGCCCUAUCGAUAUUCAAAAGUCGUUACGCGCAUUACUCCACCCAUUCACAUCGGUUUUGGGCCAAGAGAAUUGUCCUUCUCCUUCUCAUAUUGCUUACACGUUGCUGAUGUCUAACUUCGUAGGCGUCAUCUUCGCGCGCUCCUUGCACUAUCAGUUUCUUUCGUGGUACCACUGGACCCUGCCUGUAAUCAUCCACUGGAGUGGUCUCCCUAUGGCACUUGCUGUCCCAUGGUAUAUUUUGCAUGAAUACUGCUGGAAUAGCUACCCUCCCAACCCAACUUCUAGUAUGCUACUGUUCUCUCUGAAUACUAUUUUGCUCGUUCUUGCAUUUUGGGCUGCUCAGGUACGCGUUCCGCGCUCUAAGAAAGAUCAGUAA